AAAUUAAAAAUAAAAAUAUAAAAAAAAAAAAAACAUAUGAAUAAAACAACAUUCAUUAUACUUUCAACUCUCCUAAUCUUAAGCUUUUGUGCUGAAGAAAAGGAAAAGGAAAAGGAAAAGAAGUAAAAAUACGAAUGCCCAGUAAUCGGUAUAGAUUUAGGAACAACCUAUUCUUGUGUAGGUAUAUUCAAGAACGGUUAAGUAGAAAUUAUUCCCAAUGAACAAGGUAAUCGUAUUACCCCAUCAGUAGUCGCAUUUACCGACGAAGAACGUUUAAUAGGAGAAUCAGCUAAAAACUAGGCUGUAAAUAACCCUACUAGAACCCUUUAUGAUGUUAAGAGAUUAAUUGGUCGUAAAUUUACUGAUAAAACAGUAUAGUAUGAUAAAAAAUUCCUUCCUUAUGAACUUGUUGAUAAAAAUGGUAAACCAUAUAUUAGAGUAUAGAAUGUUAAAGGAGAAACUAAAGUUUUCGCAGCUGAAGAAAUAUCGGCUAUGGUACUUACUAAGAUGAAAGAAAUCGCUGAAACAUUUUUAGGAAGAGAAGUUAAAAACGCUGUAGUGACAGUUCCUGCCUAUUUUAAUGACGCAUAAAGAUAAAGUACUAAAGAUGCGGGUACUAUCGCAGGUUUGAAUGUAUUGAGAAUCUUAAAUGAACCCACAGCAGCAGCUAUAGCAUAUGGUUUAGACAAAAAGAAAGGAGAAAAGAACAUUCUAGUAUUCGAUUUGGGUGGUGGUACUUUUGAUGUAUCUAUUCUAACUAUAGAUGAUGGAGUUUUUGAAGUCGUAGCCACUUCCGGAGACACUCAUUUAGGAGGAGCAGAUUUUGACUAGAGAGUUAUGGACUAUUUCGUGAAAUUAAUCAAGAAGAAGCACAAUAAAGACAUAUCUAAUGACAAGAGAGCUAUAUAAAAACUUAAAAGAGAAGUCGAAAACGCCAAAAGAAGACUAUCUAACACUAUGACUUCGAGAAUUGAAAUCGAAGAUUUGGUUGAAGGAUUAGAUUUCGAUGAAGAAUUAACUAGAGCAAAAUUCGAGGAAUUAAAUAACGAUCUUUUCAAGAAAACAUUAGGACCAGUAUAAACUGCUAUGGAAGAUUCGGGUUUCAAAAAAAAUGAAAUCGAAGAAAUCGUAUUAGUAGGAGGUUCCACUAGAAUUCCUAAAAUAAGAAAACUUGUAUAAGAUUACUUCGGGAAAGAUGUAAAUACAGGAAUCAAUCCAGAUGAAGCAGUGGCUUUCGGAGCUGCUGUCUAAGGAGGAAUUAUGUGCGGAGAAGAAAGCAAAGAAACUGAAAGUUUAGUUAUUAUUGAUGCUACUCCUUUAUCUUUAGGUAUAGAAACUGUAGGAGGAGUCAUGAGUAAUAUUAUACCCAGAGGAAGUGUUUUCCCUACUAAGAAAAGUUAAACAUUUACUACUUAUUAAGAUAAUCAAACUACAGUCACUAUUUCUAUAUUUGAAGGAGAAAGACCUAUGACUAAAGAUAAUCAUAAAUUAGGUUAAUUCGAUUUAUCGGGUAUUCCUAAAGCUCCCAGAGGAUAACCUUAGAUUGAAGUCACUUUCGAAAUCGAUAUUAAUGGUAUUUUGUAAGUAUCGGCUAAUGAAAAGUCGGCUGGUAUUAAAAACGAAGUCACUAUUACUAAUGACAAAGGAAGACUUUCUUAAGAAGAAAUCGAUUAAAUGUUAAGAGAUGCAGACGAGUUCGCUGAAUAAGAUAAAUUGGCAAAGGAAAAAAUUGACGCAAAGAAUUCUUUGGAUUCUUAUAUUCAUUAAAUUAGAAACACUAUUGAAGAUGAAGAAAAAUUAGCUAAGAAAAUCAGCGAUGAAGAUAAAGAAACUAUAAAAGAAGCCAUUAAAGAAGCUUAAGAUUGGCUCAGUGCUAAUCCUGAAACUGAUAAAGAAGAAUAUGAUGAAAAGAAAAAAACACUUGAAGAAAUAUGUAAUCCUAUCAUUAGUAAAGCACAUGGUACUUCGGGUGGGGCUGGAGCUUAAUAAGAUGAAGAUAUGAACGAAGAUCUUUGAUAUAAAAAUUAAUAAAAUAAAAUAUUUGUUUUUUAAUUUGUAUUUUUGUUUUUAUUAUUGGCUUUUUAUUUUUAAAAAAAAAAUAUCUAUAAUUUAAUUUUUCUUCA